CGUGCCCUACACAGUCGCCCUUGUUCGUCGUCUGUCCCCAGCCUUUGUGGCGGGCAAAACGUCAGGGCCGCAGCAGUCGCGGACUAGCGGCUAACCAGUCCUCAAAACACCCUCCGUCUUAUCCUCUCCCUGGGUCUGUAAUCCUUCCUCCUUCUCUUCCCCCCCUCCCUCCUUCUCGUCUAACCGGGAGUGAGCAGAGGGUCCAGGGGAGUAGCAGACGCUGGGCAGACAACGGGGAGCGGCGGGUGAGCGGGCGUACCAUACCCUCUGACUAAGGUGGCGGCGUCGGGCGCGUGUAGCAGGUCUGCUCUCACCUGCUCCCUAGUUCUUUGUUUUGGCGCGGUCACUUCGCCUGCCCCUCAGUGACGCCUGCGCCCUCCUCUGCUCCACAGACGUGCUCCUUCCCUCAAUCACCGCAAAAGUACCUGAGAUUUGCACCGCCUCCAAAGAGUCGCUUGGGGGGAGCCGCCCAGCGCGAGGAUGACUACGAGAGGUCGAGGGCUGCUCCCGCUAGUCCUCGUGUGUGCAGCAGUUCUGGUUGUGGGGGCGAGGGAGUCACGCAUCCACAGGCAUCGCGUCAGAACUAGCUGGUCGAGGCCUCACCAAACACACCGCCUUGCCGCCACCGCCACCACCACCACCACCACAGCUAGUAAAGACACCACGAUCCCCUUCAUCACCAGCAAUCACCAUCGGAACAACCACCACCGCCAACACCACUACCACAACAACAAGCAUCACCGCUUCUUCAGCAGCAGCAGCAGCAGCAACAACAACCACAACCACCAUCGCAACUCAACACGCGGUCACAGGACGUCCAUCAGAUACCAUAUCUUUCCGGACGCAAACCACAGCCAGAGACGCCACAACCAACACCACAAUCGUAACCAUCUCACCACCAGCAACCACCGCUAUCACCACCAUGGGAAUAAUACCACGCGGAAUAACUACAGCGGCAGACGUAACCACCAGCAUCACCAUCAUCACUACAACAACAAGAAGCAUAACCAAGGAAGUCACAACAGGAGAAAGCACCACAACCACCACCACCACUUCAGGAACCACAUAUCCAAACUUCUCGCCAAUCAGGACUUCCCUAAACAAAGCAUCAAGAGGCACCUCGGAGGGAUGAAGCGACAGUCCCACCACCACACGCCUUUUCUUCAACCCAUGAGGAUGCACACCUCCUUUCGUUCAGCACUCGCGGAUGGUCUCAGUUUCCACCGUCACCCGCAACUCUGGGACAUGAGCAGACUCCGGAACCACCACCAAAGGAUUAUGCAUCACCUGAGUUCUCGUCUUCGCGACCACAUGAUGAAGAUGAGGUCUCGCAGUGUCCCUCACGUUGCCAGCAGCCACCACCGCCACUUCUCCCACCAUCACCCUUCUCACAACUUCUACAGCGGCCAACAGGUCCACUGCCGCCAUAACCAGCCCCGCCACCACGGCACCAGGGCGGAGGACAGUGCACGGCUUGGUACCCAAUUCAAGAUAGCGCUGGGAGAGCAUGGAAGUGUGCCAGAGGAUGUGGAGGUGUUCCGUUGGCCUGUAAUUCCACAGUCGUCACCACAACCCACCACGACUACAGCCACUACCACCACUACUCCAAGACCCAUCAUCAUCGAGGACAACACUAGGAAGGUGACAAACUCCAACCCCCACCCUCAAAACGCAGGCUCCUCACGUGGGCGGCCCAGCUAUCAGCCUCCGUCCCCGCCGACACACCCGAUCCUCAACACCCUCUUUCCCAGCCCGACUCCCUCCACACCGGCAUGGGAGGGGCGGGGGGCAGGUGAAUCAGGGGGAGGAGGCAGCCGCACCACCACCAGCGUGCAGGACCACCUCAGCCAAUCACCCCAUUCACGCCCGACUGCCGCCGAUCCCACCACCAUCCCGUGCAUCAAGUGUCCGCCAGACACCCGCGUGCAGGCUCCUCGCGGCAGGGACUGUGUCUACGCCCGGACUCCCAGCCCGCUGCCCUGUACCACUCAGUGGAAUCCGGACGUGCAGACAAUCGUGACAGAGGGACCCUCACCAGGGACGCGCCUGCAGGAGGGCCACUACGCCAUCUCGUUCACGGUGGUGGUGAUGGAGGGAGAGAGCCGCGGCGCCACGCCCAUCGCCACCUGCAGGAUUGGCUAUGACGUGGAGGUCCGUAAGUGUCCCGAGCUUCCCCGGCGCGCGGGGCUAGAGGCGCGGUGCUCGGCGGGGCGGGCGUGGGGUUCCCGCUGCACCUGGCGCUGCUCUGGAAACCUCCAGCUGCGAGGCGCCGCCUCUACCACCUGCAGCGGUUACCGCCACCCACGAUGGACACAUGAACCCCCCUCCUGCGUCGCGCCGCCCACUCCUGCACCACACUCUCCACCAGUCAGCAGAGGAUGUAAAGCUCCACCCGAUGUCCCCGGCGGACACUACUCCUGCUGGGUUCCUGUCGGCCGCCCUGUCGUACCAAUACCCAAGGACGAUCCCUCAGCCCCGAGGAGCCCCAGGGAAACCAACUCCGCCCACCACGCUGAGGGAACGGUGUGUGAGCUGAACUGUGGGCACGGGCGAACCAUUGCAGUGUCUCAGCGUGGGCGGCGGCGGCUGACCUGCACGCCCGGCGGCCAUUGGGACCAUCGCCCUCCCUCUUGUCGCCUCCAGGUGUCGCCAGUGCUGCAGGAUGGAGACUGCAAGGACACCACGCUCAAGCCGCCGCAUUCCCCGCUUUCCUUCCUCCCCCUGCCGAACUUCAGGACCUCGAGUGGCGUGGCGGCGCGCGUGACCUGUGUGCUGGAGGCGAGGUCGGAGGGUAGCCACACCAGGACGUGCACAGCAGAGGAUCCCGAGCUGGAGACCGCCACGCAUUGCAAGUACCGCAUCACACUGCUUGAUGCUGCUCCCGAUCCAGACGCAGUCCUCUUACCAGGCCUGUCGGGGAGAGCGGGGACAUCACAUAAUCCUGUGGAAGAGGCGGGGCACCAGGCAGGCGGCGACGACGAGUGGGAGGCGGAGAGGCAGCACCCAGACAACGAACAUGGUGACUCGACGGGGCAGAGACGCGACUUGUACCCUUACAGAUCAAAAGAAGACAGUGAUGAUGACUACUACGACUACGACGACGAGGACGAGGAUGAAUUUGACUACUAUUAUGAUGGAAGCGACCUUGAUGACGGAGAUUUCAUCGAUGACUACAGCGAUGAGUUCGAGACGGUACCUGAGCUCCAGCGGGUACAAGGUCAGAUUCUGGGGACGGGGAGCAAGAGGCGAGGCAGUAGCAGCAGCAGUCACGGCAGGAGAAGGAAGAAACACAAAGUUAACUGGGCAGCGCGAAACUCCACAAGAAGACGCAGCAAGACCACCAAAAAACAAAGAAAAACAAAGAAAACUUCCCUAUCCACGUCCUUCUCUCCUUCCUCUUCAUCCUACUCUCUGAAUCCACCUUCGCCCUCGUACUCCAAUCGUAAAUCCACCGUAGUCGCCAAAGAUGUCAUGACGGGUGGCGAAAAUUCAGAAGCUGCAAUGCCCGAGGGUGCAGGAGACGCACAGCAAGUCAACGUAAAGGGCAGUCUCGCGCAUCAUAUCAUCAGUGGCCGGCAGAAUAGAGAGAAAACCCACCACACCCACCAACGCAAGCACCUGAGUGGCGAACGAAGUUCACCCAACAAUUUACAGAAGUAUACGGUUAAAACGAAUGAAAAUGGCACACUCACGCAGAAGGGAGACUGGAGGAAAAGUGCCCAGCUGACUUCUUCGCCUCCUCCCGCGGAUGAAGGACGGUCAAGUGGUGGUCGGGGGCAAGGAACACAGCCGAUUCCCCCUUUAGAUAAAGAGGGCAUCCCUGCCACCAUGGAGGCCGUGGUGAGGAUGGAGGUGACCGUGGGAAGCUGUGGCGUUGGCAGGGAGGUGGCACGAGUCCUGGGGAAGGCGCUGAAGGACCAGGAGUUGUGUGGUACGGGGCUCACCUGCCACAACCCUCGCCACACCUGUACGGAGACACGUGAUAGACUGACGGAGGGAGGAAGGGCGCGGGUGGAAGUGCUCUGGGCUGUGGGAGGACUGUAUGAAUACGACGAAGGUAAUGGCAGUCGUCCUCAUCCCACCCCCCAGUACCUCCCCCACCACGUGCCAGAAGUGGAGACAGCCAUAUCAGCCAUUCUGGAGUCAACGCGCGGAAUCCUCACCUCCCAUAGCCUCGCCCAGUCCCUUGCUGCUCUGGGGGCCGAGGUGGACCCCUCCUCCUUCCUUGUGACGCAGCUCGAUCUCGUGUGUCGCCAGCCCGGUCUCACUCUGCGAACCGAAACUAACCGAUGCUGGCCUGACUGAGGAGGGAGGAGGGGCGAUCUUCAUCUUUCUCUCCCCACAUCGUCUCUCCACCUAAGAAGAGCCAAGCUAACUCCUGCUUGGAACCUUCACAACCUUGCAGCUUCACCCUUCAGUACUUCAUGCUCUCCUUGCCUCUCUUUCCCUUUUAUUCAUGGCGCCAUAUGAUCCCAAUGCAGCGACGCCAAAAUAUCUAUCAUUUAAUUAAUCUCCUGUCUUUUUUUCCCCUUUUUUUCCGUAAUGCCUUAGUUUUAUUCUUUCUUUUGUUUUUCGUACCUAGUGCUUUGUUUUUUUUUCUCUUUGGUCUCCUUAUCAUCUCUUCUUUUCUCUCGCUUUCCUUUUUGCCUUCAGUUCAUCGUCCUCUACUUUCUUGAGAUGUAAAUAAAAUCGUGUGUUCGUUUUUUCCAA